UUUUUUAAAUCAGAAGGGAAAAAAUGAACUUUGCAGUCAAAGAAAGUGUUUCGAUGUAUAAUGUUAAUUUAUUGGGCUCUUACAUCAAGGCAGUUGUAAAAUCUAAUUUUAAAUCUCUUUCGAUGGAGGAAGAGGCCCCUCAGUGGCUGAGCAACCCAGGCCCAUGGAUCCCCACCCUGGGCCUCGGUUUCUCGCUCCGUGAAAUGGGCUCGAUGGGACUUGGCACUCCAUUGGGUGCUGGGUUUCACAGUUGUUGCCCUGAGCAUCGUGCGUUUGGGAAUCCUGGCCCUGAUUUCCACCUCCUGGCCGGUGAGGGUGCGGGCAGGUUUCUGGGUGCCCGCCCGGGGUGGGGUGCUGUGGCGGUUGGGCGGCGCUGGGCAGACGGCUUCCUGUCCCCCAUGCUCACGGGCCUCCACUGGCUCCACCGGAAGUGACAGGGCCGGUGGCCUCCCCUGGCACCCGUCCGGGUUGAGGGGCUCCCGCCCCACGCUGCCUGCCUGAUGGAGAAACUGAGGCACAGAGCUGGCCAGUGACUCAGGCGCCAGGUGAACACUGGCUCCUGGGGGGCCGAGUCGUGCCUUGUGGGGGCCCCGAUGCCAGCCGGUCACCACAGUGAGGGACCCUUUUCCCGCAGAGGCCGCCCGGUGUGGAGCUGAGAGGGCAGGUGUGGGCCGGGCAGCCCAGGGUGCAGAUCCACGGUUGCUUCCAGGCUGCGUGACCUUGGCACUGGACAGGGGCUGGAGGGGGUCUCACAGUGACCACCAGGAUGUCGUAUUUCGGGGAGCACUUUUGGGGAGAGAAGAACCACGGCUUCGAGGUCCUGUACCACAGCGUGAAGCAGGGGCCGGUCUCCACGAAGGAACUGGCGGACUUCAUCCGGGAGAGGGCCACCAUCGAGGAGACCUACUCCAAGGCCAUGGCGAAGCUCUCCAGGCUGGCCAGCAGUGGGGCCCCUGUCGGGACGUUUGCUCCCCUCUGGGAGGUCUUCCGCGUCUCCUCGGACAAGCUGGCGCUGUGCCACCUGGAGCUGACACGGAAGUUGCAGGACCUCAUCAAGGACGUGCUGCGCUACAGCGAGGAGCAGCUGAAGGCGCACAAGAAGUGCAAGGAGGAGACGGUGGGCACCCUGGACGCGGUGCAGACCCUGGCCGGCGUCUCCCAGCUCCUGCCCAAGUCCCGCGAGAACUACCUGAACCGCUGCCUGGAGCUGGAGCGGCUGCGGAGGGAGAGCACCAGCCAGAAGGAGAUGGACAAGGCAGAGACCAAGACCAAGAAGGCGGCGGAGAGCCUGCGGCGCUCGGUGGAGAAGUACAACUCGGCCCGCGCCGACUUUGAGCACAAGAUGCUGGACUCGGCGCUGCGCUUCCAGGCCAUGGAGGAGACGCACCUGCGGCACAUGAAGGCCCUGCUGGGCUCCUACGCACACUCGGUGGAGGACACCCAUGUGCAGAUCGGGCAGGUCCACGAGGAGUUCAAGCAGAACAUAGAGAACGUCAGCGUGGAGAUGCUGCUCAGGAAGUUUGCAGAGAGCAAAGGGACAGGCCGGGAGAAGCCGGGCCCUCUGGACUUUGAGGCAUACAGCACGGCCGCCCUGCAGGAAGCCAUGAAACGCUUGCGGGGGACCAAGGCCUUUCGCCUCCCAGGACUGAGUUGGCGGGAGCGGGAGCCACGUGCAGCCGUAGACUCCCUGGAGCCCAGUCUGGGGACGUGUCCAGAGGUGGAUGAAGAAGGCUUUACUGUCCGGCCAGACGUGGCCCAGAACAUGACAGCCGAGCCCCCCCGCUGCUCGUCCAGUGACUCCGACUUUGACGAUGAGGAGCCACGCAAGUUCUACGUGCACAUCAAGCCAGCCCCAGCCCGGGACCCAGCCGGCAGCCCCAAGGCCGCGGCUGCGCAGCUCAGGGCCACCGCAGGCACCCUCAUCCUUCCUCCCGGCCCGGGGGGCACCAUGAAGCGACAUUCUUCCCGGGACGCUGCCGGAAAACCGCAGAGGCCUCGAUCCGCCCCCAGGACCAGCAGCUGUGCAGAGAAGCCGCAGUCGGAGGAGCAGGUUUCCAAGAGCCUCUGGCCGCCCCUGGAGUCCGCGUUCGACCACGAAGACUUUACAGGCUCCAGCAGCCUCGGCUUCACCUCCAGCCCCUCCCCCUUCUCCUCCUCGUCGCCCGAGAACGUGGAAGACUCGGGGCUGGACUCCCCGUCCCACGCGGCGCCCGGCCCGUCCCCGGACUCCUGGGUCCCCCGCCCGGGCACCCCGCAGAGCCCGCCGGGCCGGAGGGCGCCGCCCCCCGAGUCGAGGGGGUUGCGGGCCCCGCUGCCCCCGGACUCGCCGCAGCCCCUCGCGCCGUCGCCGGGCCCCUGGGGCCUGGAGGCCGUGGCCGGAGGAGACCUGACUCCCGCUCCCGCCAACCCCGCAGCCAGGGAGGGCCUGGCAGCCCCGCCUCGCAGAGCGCGCUCCAAGCAGACGUCCUGCCCCCUCACGCGCAGCAACGGGGACCUGUUUCGUUCCCUGAGCCCAGAGCGGCCCAGCUUCUCAUCGCACCCCCACGGGGUCUCCCGGGGCCCAAGCCCGGUGGUCCUGGGCUCCCAGGAUGCUCUGCCCGUGGCCACAGCCUUCACGGAGUAUGUCCAUGCCUACUUCCGUGGGCACAACCCCAGCUGCCUGGCGCGAGUGACUGGGGAGCUGACCAUGACCUUCCCGGCCGGCAUCGUGCGCGUGUUCAGUGGGACCCCGCCCCCACCCGUCCUCAGCUUCCGCCUUGUGCACACGGCCCCCAUCGAGCACUUCCAGCCCAACUCCGACCUGCUCUUUAGUGACCCUUCCCAGAGUGACCCUGAGGCCAAAGACUUCUGGCUCAACAUGGCGGCCCUGACUGAGGCCCUGCAGCGCCAGGCCCAGCAGAACCCGGCCGCGUCCUACUACAACGUGGUGCUGCUGCGCUACCAGCUCUCCCGCCCGGGUGCCCAGGCGGUGCCGCUGCAGCUGAGCGCCCACUGGCAGUGCAGUGCGACCCUCACCCAGGUCUCGGUGGAGUACAGCUACCGGCCUGGUGCCACGGCUGUGUCCACACCUCUCACCAACUUCCAGAUCCUGCUGCCCGUGGGGGAGCGAGUGACCAAUGUCAGCUUGCAGCCGGCCGCCACCUGGAACCUGGAGGAGAAGCGGCUCCUAUGGAAGCUUCCGGACGUGUCCGAGGCAGGGGGGUCCGGCCGCCUCUCCGCCAGCUGGGAGCCGUGCUCGGGGCCCAGCACCCCCAGCCCCGUGGCUGCGCAGUUCACCAGCGAGGGGACCACGCUCUCGGGUGUGGACGUGGAGCUGGUGGGCAGCGGCUACCGCAUGUCGCUGGUGAAGAGGAGGUUCGCCACAGGUGCGCCCCGGCCCCCCGCCCCCACCAGCAGCUUCUGGGCAGCCAGGGCAGUGCGCUAUAGAGGGGGGUUGAGGAGGAUUGGGGGACCCCAGGGUGGGGGCCAGGGGCCCAGAGUCCGAGACCCUCCACCCCCAUGCCAACCGCCCCCUCCCCAGGGAUGUACCUGGUGAGCUGCUGAGCCGCAGCCGACGCCCCACAGGCCCCACUCUGCCCUCGCGCCUGGUGCUCACUGGGGACCCCCACCCCGGCCUCCUCGAGGCCCGGACUCCAUGUGGAGGAGCCCCAAGCCCUGCUGGCUGGGCCCGAGACCCCCCUCUUCAUGCCAACCUCGCACAGGUCCCGGCCUUUUAAUGUUCUUUAAAUAAACACUCUAUUUUCUAAUAAAACGAUAAACAUUCUC